GUAUUAUCCACAUUGAUUACAAUUCCUUGGGCUAGGUGGGCCUUGGCUCUGAUGAAAAAAGGAGUUCGUGAUUUUUUAAGUCGUUAUCGUAUUCUGUAUCUCUAUCCGCUUUGUUGUAAAACAUGGCAGACGACGAAUUAGAGGCGAUUAGGCGGCAGAGAAUGGCGGAACUACAGGCAAAGCACGGGGAUGGUUCAAAGAGUCAGCAAGCAGAGGAGGCCAAACAAAGAGAUUCUGACAUGAGGAACAGUAUACUGGCCCAGGUUCUUGACCAGUCUGCCCGUGCCAGAUUAAGCAAUCUUGCUUUGGUGAAGCCAGAGAAGGCCAAUGCAGUUGAAAACUAUCUCAUUCAAAUGGCUCGAAUGGGGAGUUUAGGAGGAAAGAUUUCAGAGUCAGGCUUGAUCGAAAUCCUCGAAAAAGUCAGUCAGCAAACGGAGAAAAAGACAACUGUCAAAUUUAACAGACGGAAGGUGAUGGACUCAGACGACGAGUUUGAUGACUAACUUACAAUUGGAAUGAGCCAAGAAAUUGGGAGUGGAUAUGCUUUACUUGGACUCUACUUGCUGAGUCUUGGGAUGCUACACAAGUUCUUUGUGUUUCUGGAAACUUCACAUUAAGAGAACGAAAACAAGGACAUGACUUUGACAUUGUGGCAUAAGUGGCGGGGGUACAAUACACACACUGUCAAAUAUGGUAUUGUAUGUAUUGUGUGUUUCUUAUCAAUUAUAAAUUUGCGCUGCUUGUGUUGUGCCCCAGACAACAGCAGCAACAUGCGAUCAUCUUGUCCUACACAGUAGUUACUUUUCAUUUCACCAUUGUUACUUACUACGAAACGCAAAACAUACUGUUGAUCCAUUUUAUCUAGACUCAUCAUUGAUUAUUCAUUGAUUUCAAUUCAGGGCCAAUUUCUUAUCAGCUCUGGAUCAGGCACUUAAUUAUUUUCCUUUUGCUGACCUUGUGUUGUCAAAGUUUACAAAAAUAAAAAGUAAAGAAGCCUUAAA